UCCAAACUCACGGAGCGCAAACUUUCCAGACUUUUAAGCUCCUGCUUGAGGAACAGCACUGGGCUUGAGGGACACGGGAAAAGCUGCGAACGUAAACAUAAACUUGAGAGGCGGAACGCGUUAAGGACUGACGAAGAGGCGGAAUGGUCCUCCAGCCGAGUUACACAUGUGAGCCCAGAGGCCACCGGUAGCGUUUUUUUCUGACUUCUAGGGCCAGUGAGAGGAGGAGAAGACAGAGCAAGACAUAGAGCAAAAUUACCUGAAAGCUGUCACAAGUGUCUUGUCGCCUCCACGCGAUGGUCUUUCUGCCGGGUUUCAGUUGGGUCCUCCUGAGCACGCUUUUGCAAAAUGUGGCACCCUGGGGCGCGCACCGACCGGCCAGACCGAGGCAGUGCGAAACACCAAAGUCGCAAAGUGAGCUGAACUCUUUCCUGUGGAGAGUAAAGCGUUUUCCUCCUCACCCACCAUCUUACUUAUUUGGUACCAUCCAUGUGCCCUAUACCCGAGUCUGGGACUUUAUCCCCAACAGUUCCAAGCAGGCCUUCCAUAACAGCAAUAAUGUUUUCUUUGAGCUAGACCUGACAGACCCACUGACUAUCUCCAAACUGACCAGUUGCCAGCUGCUUCCCCAUGGAGAAAACCUGCAGACCCUGCUACCUCGAGACUUGUACCGGCGUCUCAAACGGCACCUGGACUAUGUCAAACAUAUGAUGCCUUAUUGGAUGACUGCUGAUCAGCGAGGGCGUGGCCUGUAUGCUGACUACCUGUUUAACGCAAUCGCAGGAAACUGGGAAAGAAAGAGGCCUGUGUGGGUGAUGCUGAUGGUCAACUCACUGACAGAGUGGGACGUCCGAUCCAGAGGGACACCAGUGCUGGACCUGUUCCUAGCUCAAGAGGCGGAACAAAUGGGAAAGACAACAGGGGCAGUGGAGCAGGUGGAGGAGCAAUGUCACCCUUUAAAUGGACUUAACUUCUCUCAGGUGCUGUUUGCUUUGAAUCAGACGCUGUUGCAGCAUGAGGGUGUUCGAGCUGGCAGCCUGCAAGGCUCUUACACCACAGAAGAUCUAAUUACUCACUACAACUGUGGGGAUCUCAGCUCCAUCAUCUUCAACCAUGACACCUCACAGCUGCCUCACUUCAUCAACAGCUCUCUGCCAGCACAUGACCGGUUGACGGCCCAGCAGAUCGACAGCUACUUCCGCCAGGAGCUCAUAUACAAACGCAAUGAGAGAAUGGCACGGCGUGUGUCUGCACUGCUACAAAGAAAUCCCAACCAGACCUACUUUUUUGCUUUCGGUGCAGGUCACUUCCUGGGGAACCACAGUGUGCUGGACAUCCUCAGGCAGGAGGGCUAUGAGAUCAUCCACAUGCCAUCUGCACACCAAGAGCCAGCCACAGAGAGUAAACCAGUUCCAGAGCCGCCUGCAGCAGGGUCCAGCGAGGAGAGCUUUGACAGCAGCACGAUGGCUCCCACCAGCUGGCCAACAAGUCCAGAAAUGGAGCUAGAGCUGGAGCUGGGAGACUCAGAAGACGUGCCUGGCCUUGGAGAAGAGGAGCUUCCUCAAAUGCUGCUUCCGGACAGCCUCAGCCAGCUAGAGGAGUUUGGAAGACACAAACGACUCCACAAAGCUCACCGUGGCCAUGGCAGACCUCGUCUUUUUAGCGACCUGUGGGUUCGAAUUGGGGAUGGCACAACUCCACCACCUAAUCUGAGAAUAAUCAAUGGUUAUGUGACAGUAGAGCCUCCACUGACCCAUCAAGAGCAAGUCAGACGUUUGGAGGUCUAUCCCACAGCACAACACCACGGUUCAUCUUCCUUCUCUCCGUCCAGUACCAGCUCAGCCCAGCUGCUUCACAACUCACUCCCUCUGUGUUCUAUGUUAGCCUGGAUUUUAUUACACAUGCUGCUCACCUCCUGACCGCGAGACAGCGUUAUCUUACAGACCAACACUUAAGACACUGCUGCAUCCAUACCAUAGCAGUGGAAUGUCCCUGAUAAAGACAGACAAGGAUGAUUAUCAUCAGUGCAUGCAGACAAGAGAUGAAGAGACGUCAGUCUGGACAAGAUGCCUUUAGUUGGGACAGUCCUGCUGUCUGCCCCCACCACAGGGGGAAAUCAGCUCCAGCCUACCAGAAUGCCAAGUCUUUAAAAACUCACCAGGUUUGAAAUUGUGUUGAAUAGGCUCUCAGCCAUUAGAUAAAAAAUGAAUGGACUUUACUGGACUGUAGUGGAAAGAGUCUCAACCUCACUAAAGUAUUAGAAUAAAUAAUUAGAAUGAAGAAUUGUAAUUUUGAAGAAAUGGCAUCUUCUACCUAAUGAAACUGUAAUAUUGUAUAGAAAAAUAAGAUUUACCUUAAUGAGAUUAAAACAUUCUAAUAACACUUGUAACUCUGUGAAAUAUGAGUUUAAUGCAUACAGUACUGUGUAUAAGGUGGAACACUUAGUUGCCACUUUGUAAAUUGUGCAUUUUGUUCAUAAAGAAUUAUUGUGUAUUUAUUGUUUCUGUGGGAAAAAGAGUAUAUUUUCUUGCUAUUCAAAGAUAAAUGGAAAAGUGACUGAAA